AUGGUAUUCAGCCCCAGUCUCAUAACACUAAGUCCUGAGGCUUCGAGGGUAAUGUAUGGUGUUAUAAACGAAAUUGCGCUUCCGGGGGCGCCUAUUGAAAUGGCUGGACCCUAUAUAUGUACAAGAGGUUCACUUUCGAGUGUUUACGGAAUGUGGAUUGGUUCUUCGCCCAAAGGCCCCGAUGCAGUUCCUGGCGGUUACAGUAUUGAAUUCAGUGUCGUUGGGCCUUAUCCCCCACUCGAGGACGGAGCAGAAGCCCCCUCGGGCAGCACUGAGGCUGGAACUAAGAUAACAUGGACAAGUGUCAACUUCGAUCAACUCUCUCCGGAAGAACUCAAAUGUGCCGAGGGAAAGCUCAGCAAGGCCGAGUCCGAUAAUGGAAACAACGAAGAGGCUUUGAAGCUCAUCAAGAUCUGGCAGACACAAAAACCCCGGCUCAAUCACACCGUCGAGAACACUGUCGGAUCUGACCUUCGUCUGCCGCUGGUCGUCGAUGAUGAAGCUCUGGAACUCCCGCGCGCCUUGAAGUACCCGCUUUGGAUGGAGCUACCUGACUCAACUGAGAACUCCGACAACGAGAUCCUGGCAACGGAUGGUCUCUCUUGUUUGUUGGCAACGAAGCUAGAUUUAAAGCACAGCGUGGAGAGCACAAUGGGUGACGAUCUUGUGCUGGAGCUGAAGCCCUAUGAAGAGGUUAUUGAGAAGCAGGAGAGUCUGUACGGGAAUGCACCUUGGGUGGAGAUAUCGGGCUCGAAUGAAGACUCAGAGAGCGAGGAGUCGGUGUAG